AAAAAAAAAAUUUAAGGGAGGUCUCUUUAGGAAAGCACAGAAGACGUGUUACACACAGCUUUCGGCGCAAGGUGACUUGCUAAAGUUUAGGGCAAAGAACAUUUACUUGCAACUAUACAUUACACGCUCACGCUACUUCUACAGCAAUCCCUCUGCUUUCUUCUUCGAUUAUCUUCACUCUCUCCUUUCCGGAACAUUUCGAUUUUCAGAUUGAGUUCAAAUCGCAAUGGAACUUCUACGAUCCAACCUUCAUCGGGUUCGGAUUCCAGAACCCACCAAUCGCAUUUACAAACAAGAAUGCUGCAUUUCAUUCGAUACUCCGAAAUCUGAAGGUGGAUUGUUUGUCGAUAUGAAUACGUUUCUUGCCUUUGGGGAGGAUUGCGUGGAUUGGAACUUUGAAAAGACUGGAAACCCAGUUUAUUUGCAUAUAAAACAGACAAGGAAGCCUGAACCAGAAGAUAGACCAUUGAAGAAACCAACCCUUUUGGCUAUAGGGGUUGAUGGAGGUUUUGACAACCAGGAACCUGAAUACGAAGAAAAGCACAAUAUAGUUAUGUUGCCCAAUUAUGUUACUCUUCCGUUUCCUUCAGUAGAGUUGCCAGAGAAGGUAAGGCUGGCAGUUGAUACUAUUUUAAUGACUGAGGGUGCAGAGCGGAAAGAGCAACUUGCUUUCUGGACAGCUGAUAAGAAACAUAUUAGUUCAUAUGCUAUGAAUCUGCAACAGAUUGACAAUGGUGUUACCAUUCCUCCAUCUGGGUGGAAAUGUUCCAAGUGUGAUAAGACUGAAAAUCUCUGGUUAAAUUUGACGGAUGGGAUGAUCCUCUGUGGUAGGAGAAAUUGGGAUGGAAGUGGUGGCAACAACCAUGCCAUCGAACAUUACAACGAAACUGCCUAUCCUCUUGCUGUAAAGCUUGGGACAAUAACCGCUGAUCUGGAUGGAGCAGAUGUUUUUUCUUAUCCGGAGGACGAAGGUGUUUUGGAUCCUCUUUUAGCGCAACAUCUGGCAUUUUUUGGUAUUGAUUUUUCGUCAUUACAGAAGACUGAAAUGACAACCGCUGAGAGGGAACUUGACCAGAACACCAAUUUUGAUUGGAAUCGAAUUCAAGAAAGUGGACAGGAAGUGGAACCAUUAUUUGGACCGGGUUACACUGGACUUGUCAAUCUAGGAAAUAGUUGCUACUUGGCUGCAACUAUGCAAGUUGUGUUCUCAACACGUUCUUUCUGUUCACGAUACCAUAUGAAUCAAAGUUUGAAAAUGGCAUUUGAGACUGCACCUGCUGAUCCAACUGUAGACCUGAAUAUGCAGUUAACAAAAUUGGCCCACGGGUUGCUGUCUGGUAAAUAUUCAGUUCCGGCAUUGGAGAAAGAUGAUAAUGCUGGUGCAGUAACCUCGACUCCAAUUGCUAAACAGGAGGGCAUACCACCUCGUAUGUUCAAGGCAGUCAUCGCUGCUAGUCAUCCUGAAUUUUCUACUAUGAGGCAACAGGAUGCCUUAGAAUUUUUCCUGCAUUUCAUUGACCAAGUUGAACGAGCCAAUACUGGAAACCAUGAACUGGAUCCUUCGAGGAGUUUCAAAUUUGGUAUUGAAGAGAGGCUUUCAUGUCCAUCUGGAAAAGUUGCUUACAAUAGUAGACACGACUAUAUUCUAUCUCUAAAUAUCCCACUGCAUAAAGCUGUUAACAAGGAGGAUCUAGAAGCGUUUAACAAGUUGAAGGUGGAAAAAGAUUCAGAUAAGAAGGACACGUCUACCGAUCAAAUUGUACGUCCAAAGGUGCAUUUAUACGACUGCCUAGCCACCUUUUCAGCUCCGGAGGAGGUGCAUGAUUUUUACAGCACUGCCUUGCAGGCCAAAACAACAGCAGUCAAAACUGCUGGUUUGACUUCAUUUCCUGAUUAUCUGGUGUUGCACAUGAGGAAAUUUGUCAUGGAGGAAGGCUGGGUGCCGAAAAAGCUUGAUGUCUACAUAGAUGUUCCUGAUAUCAUAGACAUAAGUGGCAUGCGCAGCAAAGGUCUUCAGCCUGGGGAAGAGCUAUUACCAGAAGCUGUUGCUGUGGAUGAGGCAGAAUCAAAGAUGCUCCUGGCCAACGAGGAUAUAGUUUCUCAGCUUGUGUCGAUGGGAUUUAACUAUCUUCAUUGUCAGAAAGCUGCUAUAAACAGCUCUAAUACUGGAGUAGAAGAGGCAAUGAACUGGUUACUUUCUCACAUGGAUGAUCCAGAUAUUGAUGCUCCCAUCUCCCAUGAUGGACAAUCAUUCGUUGAUCAGUCAAAAGUUGAUACAUUGAUUUCGUUUGGUUUUGAGGAGGAAAUAGCUCGGAAAGCUUUGAAGGCAUCGGGUGGUGAUAUUGAGAAAGCUACAGAUUGGAUAUUUAACAAUCCCAGUGCCCAUGGUUCAUCUGAUAUGGAUGCUACACCAAGCAGCACACCAAAUGUUGAUGCAGCACUACCUGAUGGAGGAGGAAGAUACAGGUUUCUCGGAUUCGUGAGCCAUAUUGGUACCUCAACCCACUGUGGCCACUAUGUCGCUCACAUCUAUAAGGAUGGCAGGUGGGUAAUUUUCAACGAUGACAAAGUUGGUAUUUCCAAAAACCCACCCAGGGAGAUGGGUUACCUGUACUUUUUCGAAAGACUCGACAAUUGAAAUAUUUCAGAGAUGCAACAUUGUAAGUUGCAUUUAGACUUGGAAGUUGGAAAAAUUGCAAGUGAUCUCCAUGAAUCUCACUAACCUGUGCUCUUGGUCAUCUUUAGAAGAUCUUUGAGAGGCAUCCUUGUCUUGUAAUGUGGUAAAACUUUUUCCAAUUUGCUGCUUGAUAAGCAAAUGGUACAUCACUUGCGGGACUUGGCACAUUAAAGUUCCCAAUUUUUGUCUCCCAACAUUUUGGUAAUAAUGACUUGGUAGGGAUAGUAUGUUUUUAUCUCUGGAAAGGUGCAUGUUUCUACCUGGUUCGAAACUUGAACUGAUUCCUGUAGAUAAAGAGUAAUACAGCCCCGGUAAGGGGAGAAAAAUAUUGAACAGGAAUAUAUUGCGUUACGAGAUCAAAAAUCGUGUUAUACACUCUUAUUUGGGUUGAAAUUCUUAUAAUCAUUUAGGGUUUAGUUCUUGUGGUUGAC